AUGUGGUUCAGAUUUUUACUUCUAGUAAAGCUGGCACUGUGCUACUACAUAGACGAGAAGUAUCGAAACUCAGCAGUUGACGUUGACUUUUCAGAAGACUCAAAUCUCAACGUUUACAUAAGCUUCAGUCUCGGUGGAUUUGUGUAUUCAUCGGUUAUACACAUGGAGAAGAUCCAAAGAUUUGGAAGGAGCUCGUUUACGACAUACAAUGCAGUGUACACAAAGAAGUCCGCCAGAGAAGAGCAGAGCAAAGCGCUUUGCAUACACGAUGCUCUGCAGGAGGUGCAGGGCUGGUUUCUCCGAGAAAACGCCACAGGCAUACUGAGCGGUGUGCUCGUAGAUGACGAGAAAAUAAUACACAUUAAGCCCAAACAGUUUCUCUUUCCCAGCAGCUCGAAAAAAGACCUCGUGGCAUUCGUGGCAGACGAAGAGUUUCCUGAGUACGUGUGCAAGCCCCUUGAAGACACAGCUGAAAACUUAGAGUUUGACGAGCCGCUGGAAGAUGAUAGAGAUUACUUCGACAAAGCAGCAGAGUAUUUCAGAAAAAGGCCAAAACACGACGACGACGAAGAAAAAGGUGGGUUUUUAAACAGGCUGAAGAGGCUAGUUCCAAGCAGCAUCAGGCCCUUUGUGUUCUGGUGGGAGCCCGUUAAAACACACCCAGAGGCGCGCGAGGGAGAGAGUGGUGCAUACGACUCAUUCACUGCUCCAGAGACGAGAGAGGAGAAGAAGGCGCGGGAGAGAAAGAUGGCUGUCAAAAAAGAAAUAGAGAAGCUCCGAGAGCAGACGAAGAAGUCAAAAUGCAAGCAGUGCAAUGCCAAGUCAAUGUACAGAAAGAGCCUGAGCGAGGGCAGCAUGUUUGCAGCAGAGGGCAGUGUAGAUAAAACAAAGACGAGUGAUGAAAAGAAGGAGAAGAAAGACGAGAUGGAUCGUAUUUUUGAGAAGGCUGCAGAAGAGCAUAUACACCUAGAGAAAAAGAGUAGUAAGGAGAUCCUGGAAAGUCUGGAGAACGGCAGCACUGAACAUUCUGAUGAUGAUAGCAACGAAUCAGACUUUUAUUCAAAUGAAUCGGCAUAUAGUGAUGAUGCAAUGGCCAAGAAUAUCGAUGCAAAUGAUGAGAGUGAGGUAGCUGUAAACCCCAAUGACUUUUUUCUGGAUGUUUCUGUUAAUAGUAAUGUUCUUAGCAGAGAAAAUGAUGCAUCUGCAGUGUCUAUCGAGUGCACAGACCCAUCUUUAGCCAUACUCCGCCUAGAAGAUAAAAACAGCUUGAAAAAGUCUCCAGAUGUGCUGGCUGUGCUAGGGCCAUGCAGUAGCACAAAAACCUUAGAUCUAACUGAAGUAGAGAUAGGUAAAAUAGAUGCUGCCAGGGUAGAUAUCGUGCAGAUAGACCCAAAAAUAAGCUUGAUCGAUAAGACUAAAGAUAGUAAUGAAAAGACAGAAGAGACUUUCCUUUCAGACAGCGGCAUACAGAUGAGCGAGCACGCAGAAGAAGAAGUCUUUGCAAGAGUGAUAGAUGAAAAGUCUGUCUUCAUCAAUCCAGGCAUAGAUGCCAAGGAUGCAUCCGAUUUAUCAUACAAGAAAAUAGCGUUUUCAAAGUUGCAGGACACGCCAUCUCUUCCAAGCUAUGAAAAAACAAAAAAGAAGACAAGCUACACACCCACCGAAAGACAGACACUAUCUCGCACAGAACGCAUAAAAAAGAAAAGAGCAGUACGAAACAGGAGCAAGGCACGAAAUAGAAUAAAAAACAAGAAAGAAAACAGAAGAAAAGGAAGAAAAAAAAUACCACACCAGAAAGUGUCGGAGACCCCUAGGCUAAUAAAAGACAUAAAGGACAGGGUCGUUGGGAACACGUUUGUAACCACACAGAUUCCAAAGGCAAACAAGUCUCUAAAGAAGGGAGAAGUUGUGCUGCUUGGCAUUCCCUACUACUCCCAAAUAGCAAAGGUAGAAAGCUCCAUAGGCGCCAUGAGCAACUACGGGUUUCCCAUAGAAAAAAGAGCUAUACCCGUGGCCAUUGCACUGGACUACCACUUCAUAGAGAAGGUGGGCUCAAAAAGAGAGGCUAUUUUCUCUGCGCUUGAAAAUAUGAACAUUGCCAGCAGGAUAUACGAAAAGUCGUUCAAUGUUCUGCUGUACGUAAGCGAUAUAAUCAUCGACUCAAACGCAGAGUGGUUCCACAGUGUGGGAACUCUCACGCAGAAACUCUCGCAGUUUGAGCAGUACAGAGCCAAAAAGCGAAAAAAGUGCAUGGUCUACCAUCUCUUCACCUCAUCAGAGAAGCCCUGCAAGCAGAUAGGCCUGGCCUGGCGAGGGUCCAUAGGGUACAACAACCGAAGGAAUAUUAGCACCAGUGUUUUCACGCAAAAUCAGUUCAUCACAGUUGCGCAUGAAAUAGGCCACAACCUGGGCCUCCCCCACGACUGCGAUGAUAAGGCAUGCGAGACCGCAGAUCCACUGAACUAUGUGUGCAACCCGUGCAAAGGAUGCAGCUGCAAGGGAAAGUACAUUAUGAACUCGAGAAAAGAAUCGCAUCUUCUUGCGUUCUCUCCUCCUGCACAAAGGCUGAUGAGUGUUGUUCUUUCGCAUCUUGAGAUAGAUCUUCCCAAGGUAGACGAAAUCAGCAUGCCCUACCCAAUGUGCGGGAACGGCAUAGUUGAAAAAGGAGAAGAGUGCGAUGCAGGACCCUUUGGGGAUGCUUGCUGCACGCCCGACUGCAAGCUGCGGCUCGGAGCUGUGUGCUCAGACUUCAACAGCGGAUGCUGCAAAAAGUGCCAUCCUGCGCCUGCUGGAACGGUCUGCAGAAAGUCGCAAAACGAGUGCCAGCACGACUCAGUCUGCAACGGAAUGUCCGUGCGCUGUCCUGCUGCCUCUUUCUUCGCAAAUUCGCAAAAAUGCUCAAACGGAUUUUGCGCAAACGGCAUGUGCACAAACAAAGAUACACAGUGCGUGAUGGCAGGCGAUAUGCGGUCGCUUGUUGCAGCUGUUCCGGGGUAUAAGGGGUGCACAAUGAAGUGUCUAAAUGUGCAGGGAAAGCACGUUACAAUCUCAGACAGGUUUUUUCGCAAUGGAACGCCGUGCGGAUGGAAUGGCACGUGUCUACAGGGAAGGUGCACAAAGGAUCUAGGGCUUGCUGCCUUGACUGUUCUAGCACUUCUAAUAGGCCUGCUGCUAGUGGGACUGGCUCUAAUAUAA